AUGGAAAAUGCAUAUUUGAAAAACGAAUUAAUUUUAUUAACUAAUUUCAAAAAUUCAACAUAUUCAUAUUCAAGAAAAAAAAAUGAAUUUAUUUUCGACUUUAAUUAUGAAAAUAAAUUGAUUGAUAACAAUAAUAUUUUAAUUAUAAAAUUAAAAUCGAAAACUAUUAAUAAUAAUAAUCUUAGAAGUGAUAUUAAAAAUCAUUUCACUAUAUUUAGUGAAGAAAUUUCUGAUCCUAUAUUAUACCAACAAAAAGCUGUUGAUUUGAUUAGUAAUAAAUUAUCUGAACUCUUUAUUAAUGGUUUUUAUACACAACAUGAAUACAAAUCAUUAUUUAAUAAUUCGAGAUGUAUAAAAUUUAUUAUAUCACAUGAAGAGAAUAUUAAAAUUACUGAUUUUAUUAAACAACAAAAAAAUAUUAUAUUUGAAAGACAUCCACAUACUAAAAUCAAAAUUCAAAAAUCAAAAACAAUUAAAAUAACAGAAGAAGAAAAAAAUUUAAGUAAUAUUAUUAAUUCAUUGACUAAUUUAAAAAUCGAUGAUCCAAGAAAACAAGAAUUUGAAAAUUAUAAAACUAUUGCUAGUAUUCAAACACCUUUUGAAAUGAUUAAUAAUAUUAUUAGUGAUUCUAAUAUUGAUAGUAAAGAUCGUGAAAUUAUUAUUAAUGGUUUAAAAGAAACGGUUAAGAAUAUAGGUUUAAGUUUAGAAAUAGAUUUUGAUAAACCAUUAUCAGGUGAUAAAACACCAACAAAAAACACAUCAGAAGAUUAUCAAAAAAAUAAUAAUAAUUCAGAUAUUA